AGUGAAGAUUUCGCUGAUAGAGACGAAAAGAUGUCCGAUAAGGCAAGUCCUUCAGGACCAAGGUGCGAGAAUCCCGCCCGCCUGCAUUCCGCAGAGCAGCCGUCGCAGAAGAGAGAGAAAGUGUAUCUUAACCGAAGAGAGGUAAGGGCUACGAUCAUUUUUUUUCUCUUUGGAUGCACAUCAAUGUUCACCAAUGCGUAGUAUUGUUCCAACGAGGGAUCAAAGGACUGUUGAAGGGAUGGAUGUACUUGAAAACAACAAAAGCACUACUUCAUUCAAGUCAACUCAAGGACCACAUCCUAUAGAUACAAUCCCCUUUAUCCCAGGGAACACAAUCUCGAGAUAAUGAGGGACUUUGCGAAUCCCAGUUACUUCCAGCUGACAACGACGGAAAUGUGAAGCGUGAACAGGUAGUGCAGGUACCGAGAAC